UUUUUUUUUGGCUCUCUUUAGGUUCUUGAGGUUUCGGUCGGCGUCGACUGCACCUGCGAAUCGAAGCAGGAAUUGGGCACGGGAGGGAUCUUUCAUUGCAUUUCUAGCGGAUCUCGGAGGAUGGCCUCCGCAUACAAUACAUUCUGGAAGUUCAAAUGGAGUACUGCAUAGUGCAUCUUACAGGUCAGGAGGCAGUUGCCUAUGGUAUUAAAAUGUUGGUUACUUCUGUUAACAUUGCUUGUUGGGAUGAUGGGAGUUUUCUAGGUCAAUGGCGCAUGCUGGUUGAAUCGAUGGGAAGAGGGCCUGGCAUGGUUGCCCUUUUCUACUUGGGAUGUUGCAUUCAUGGCACGGUCUCAGCUCUAGUAUAUGAUGAGUGGAUAUAUGCGAAUCUUGACUGAUAUCAGCUAUUCGUGCCCUCGACACCUUAACCCAAGAAAGAUACUUUCUAGCGAGCGGUUAUCCAGAGUCCACGAUGUGCUUGAUGUAGAAUUGUAUGUUAUGGAUGAUUCAAAUG